GUUUGUUUCUCCGACUGAAGGCUAAAAAUUGAAGAUUUUACAAGUAAAGCAACAUGGAUACAGAGCUGUUUAUGGAGUGUGAGGAGGAGGAGCUGGAGCCAUGGCAACAGGUGGAGGACGGCGUGGAGGAGGACGAGAUGGACUACUACAACAACUACUGCGAGCCAGUGGAGGAUUCUCGUUCUCCUCUUCCAGCCUCUGAGACUCCGCCCCCAAAGAUGCCUCCACCCCUCCCACCUCCAACAGCUUCCCCUCUCUUGCAGCUUGUCUCCUCUUCCCUUCCCGCCUCCCUUCAUCCCCCCUCCUCCUCCCACUCUCCCCCACCCCUGAUGGCUCCGGCACCGCCCCUCAUCCUGACGCAGACAGCGGAGGGGAAGUUCCUGCUCCAAGCAGCCCCGGGGACACACCACGGCUCGUCCAUCCUCCUCACCACACAGGGUUUCCCGGUGAUGAACAGUGGCGCUCCUCUGCUGCUGAACCAGCAGCCGGGUCAGACUAUGCAGCCGCUGACUUUGAUCCAGUCCCCAUCGUUGGGUCAGCUGGUCCGGCCCAGCAUGGGCGUGUCCCCGGUCCUCCCCCAGGGCAGGGCAGGCCCCGCCCCCUCGAGAGGCUCUGCCUUCACCACCAUGCAACUGCCCACCCUACUGAUUAUCCGCAACAGCACGCCCAGACCCGUUAACCUGCAGAUAACCCAGGUGGGCGGGGCUAACCCCCUGAAGCUGGCGGGCCCCCCUGCCCUCCCUUCCAGCUCGGCCAAUGGAGUCACCAGAUUCACCUCCUUCAGCAGCGGUAUGUGUCGUAUUUGUGAGUGGGCGUUUGAGAACGAGCCGGCCUUCUUGAAUCACAUGAAGUCAAACCACAAACCAGGAGAGAUGCCCUACGUCUGCCAGGUGUGUUCAUAUCGCUCGUCCUUCUACUUGGACAUCCUGCAGCACUUCGCCAGCUUCCACAGAGACUCUCGCUUCCUGCUCUGCCUCUUCUGCCUGAAGGUGACCAGAAACCCCACCAGCUACCACCAGCACCUGCUGAAACACCAGAUCAACCAGGCCUUCCACUGUAACAGAUGCCGUCUUCAGUUCGUCUUUCUGAAGGACAAGAUGCAGCACAAACUGGAGAACCAUCGCAGCUUCCGGUGCCCUGCUCAGCUGGAAGAACUGCCGCCGGGGUCAAAGAGCCCCGCCUCCCUCAUCCAGCCAAUCAACAUCAAGACGGAGAAGUCCCCCGUCCACAGGAGCCUCCCCCUCCAGAAAUCCCCCCGGUCCCUGACCAAGAGGCCGGUGAGCCGCAGGCUCCUGGACAGUCCUAGCAGAGGCUGUGGGGAGGCUGAAGCUGGAGAUGAGGAAGUGUCCACCAGAGGUCACAUUCAGGACCGGAGAGGGAGAAGCUGUGGGGAUGCUGUCAGAGACCGAAGCCGCUCACCACAUCAGAGGUGGCAGACUGAGGCAGAGCCCGAUGAUGGAGUCCCUCAACCACCGAGGUUCAACCCCAAACGCACCCCAGGUGUCCAACCCCCUCUCGAUAUGGGAAACCCAGCACCAGGUGAAAUCUUUUCCCACUUUUUUGAUGCUACAGUUUUCAAACUCCUCUGUGAAAACACAAACAAGAAUGCAGCCAAAAACCGGAAGAGAGGGAGAAAGUUCCUCUGGACUGAAAUAACUCCAGAAGAAAUGAAGAAGUUCAUAGGCAUGUUGCUGUACAUGUCAGUUUUGGACCUGCCGAAGAUGAGCGACUUUUGGCGUAAGAAAACCAUCUUCCAUGUGUCAUUCCCUGCCACCGUCAUGUCCCGAGACCGGUUCAUGGCCAUUUUAUCUAAUCUUCAUAUGAGUGACCCAGAGAAAAAUGAAGAAAAUGAUCAGAAAAAGGGCACCGAGGAUUAUGACCACCUCCACCGGGUCAGACCUCUCAUGGAAAUGAUAUGCAUUAACUGCAAGGCCAUCUACCACCCAAGACAGCACAUUUCAGUCGAUGAGAGGAUGGUUGGUACAAAGGCCAGGCUCUGCAUCAAGCAGUACAUGAAGGCCAAGCCAACAAAGUGGGGGCUGAAGUUUUUUGUGCUUGCUGACAUGAACGGCUACACCAUCGACUUCAAGCUCUACACGGGAAGGUCCAAGACAGCAUCAGGGAAAGGGCACUCUUUUGAUAUUGUAGCGGGACUGGUAAACAAAGACUACCUGGGGUCUGGGUAUAUUAUCUACACAGACAACUUUUACACCAGUCCCGUCCUCUUCCGACACCUGAGCCAGCAGGGAUUUGGCGCUUGUGGGACAUACAGGAAAGGAAGAAUUGGUGUCCCCACCACCCAAGAAAAUGCACUCACCAAAAGAUCCCCACGAGGCAGUAUCCGGUGGAUCAGGGACAGGGAUCUUCUGUUUGUGAAGUGGAUGGACACCAGAGAAGUGUCCCUAUGCUCCACCAUCCACCCAGUGUACAUGGGGGACACAGUGCAGCGCUGGCAGAAGACAGGUGAUGGGCCAAAACAAAAGCUCUCUGUCCCCAGACCCACCACAGUUACAGAGUACAACAAGUACAUGGGGGGAGUGGACACCUCGGACCAGAUGAUUGGCACAAAUUCAGUCCACCGGAAAACCAGGAGAUGGCCCACCACUGUUUUCCAGCAUCUGGUUGACAUCGCUGCGACAAACUCCUUUGUCAUCCACAAGGCCCGCUGUGUCAGCCUGCAGCAGCAGAAUCCGAUGACCCGUCAGCGUUUCCAGGAGGAGCUCACUGCACACCUCCUUGGAGUUGACUUGAAAAGUGGCCCUCAGAAGACCCCAGGUAAACACCUACCUGUCCCCACAAGCAGCAGACAGACCAAAGCGCAGAGAGCCAGCAUGGGGCGGCAGCGCUGCAAACUCUGCAAGAGGAGCACUGCCUGGAAGUGUGAGGACUGUGAUGUGGGCCUGUGUCUGCAGCCAGACAGGAACUGUCACUGGCAGUACCACCAAGUGAAGAGAGGAGAGAUUACAGCAGAUUGAAUUAAAAUGGAAGCGAGACGGUAUGUAACUCGACACUUGUAUUGCGUGGUGACUUUUUUAGAACAGCGUACCAAGUCUGUAAAUUUGUAAUUGUACUUUCUAUAUGUAAAUGUGCGCAUCUUCUUCAAGUAGCCUGUGUCCUAGCAGAGGCUGUGGGGAGGCUAGAGCUGGAGAGGAGGUGUCCACCAGAGGUCACAUUCAGUACUGUAGAGGGAGAAGCUGUGGGGAUGCUGGAGCUGAAGAUGAGGUUUCCAAUUGUGGAAAAAAACACCUGUACAUAGUUUCCAUUUUAUGGCCUGUUCUUGCCCAUUUAAGAGACAAAGACU